AGAGGAAUAUUUGUUGAAAAAUAUGAUCCUACAAUAGAAGAUUCAUAUAGAAAGCAAGUUGAAGUAGAUGCUCAACAAUGCAUGCUUGAAAUCUUGAACACUGCAGGAACGGAACAAUUUACAGCAAUGAGAGAUUUAUACAUGAAAAAUGGACAAGGCUUUGCAUUGGUCUACUCCAUCACAGCACAGUCCACAUUUAAUGAUUUACAAGAUCUUCGAGAACAGAUACUUCGAGUUAAAGAUACUGAUGAUGUGCCAAUGAUUCUUGUUGGUAAUAAGUAUGACUUGGAAGGUGAAAGAGUUGUAGGUAAAGAGCAAGGACAGAACCUAGCAAGACAAUGGAACAACUGUGCAUUCUUAGAAUCUUCCAUUAAAUCAAAGAUAAACAUUAAUGAGAUCUUUUAUGACCCAAUAUGGCAAAUUAACAGAAAAACUCCAGUGCCUGGGAAUGCACGUAAAAAGUCAUCAUGUCAAUUGCUUUAAUAUACAGAUGCAUUGUAGCUCUGAGCCAGGUCUGAAGAACUGUUGCCCAAUUCAACAGUGCCAGCAGCAUUCCAACUUUAAUUAAACCUACCAACAUCUUAAACGGACUUUCCUGCGGUGGUACCCUUUAAGAAGUGGAUGA